CAAAAGAACAAGAAUAGGGGAGAGAGAGAGGAGGGAGAGCGAUCGCAGAGAGAGAAAGAGAUGAGGAAUCCGUCGUCGACGUCAGGUCCGGGACCGUCGUCGUCUUUGUCGUCGCCGGCGACGGGGUCGAGGUCGGUGACGAAGCAGCGGCAAAAAGGAGCGCCGACGGCCAGCAAGAUGGGGGUGAAAAGGGGGCCGUGGACGCGGGAGGAGGACGAGGUGCUGGCGAAGUUCGUCAGGAAGGAAGGGGAGGGGCGGUGGCGGACGCUGCCGCACCGCGCGGGGCUCCUCCGCUGCGGGAAGAGCUGCCGUCUCCGGUGGAUGAACUACCUCCGCCCCUCCAUCAAGCGCGGCCCCAUCGCCCCCGACGAGGAGGACCUCAUCCUCCGCCUCCACCGCCUCCUCGGCAACCGGUGGUCUUUGAUAGCUGGGAGGAUCCCAGGGCGAACCGACAACGAAAUCAAGAACUACUGGAACACCCACCUAAGCAAGAAGCUCAUCAGCCAAGGCAUCGAUCCCCGCACCCACAAGCCAUUGACCUCCUCAUCCUCCCCGAAUCCUGAUCCACCCCUCCCGGAGGGUCCCAAGAUAUUCCAGCCGCCAGCAAGAAUACCAUACCGCAACCCUAACCCUAACCCUAAUGCAAACCCUGGCUCCACCAUACCUUCUGUUCACCAACAAAUGAGUGGUGGUCAUGGAGGCGUUGGCACUCAUCGCGGUCGUGAUGGUUUCUCUGGCAGCGUGAGUCUGGAACAAGAUGAUGGAUGGCAGAACAUGGAGGGCUUUCCCGCCAUGGAUUUGCAGGGAAGCCAAGGGGAAGGUGACACUGGAGAAGAUGAUGUCCUCUCCUCGUUCCUCGACUCUCUCAUCAAUGAUGACAUUUUCCUGCAGAACCCGCAGCAGAAUGUUAAUUACAACGACGACGACAACUUCAACAACGGGCAGAUUCAAUCACACGAUCCUCGCAUGUCUUCAGCACCAGGGUUUGGCGUGGGAACAUUAGGGGAAUCUACCCUCACGUCCCCAGUUAUUCAGGAUAAGGAGACUCAUGGGAAAUUUGUGGACCAUGCAGGCAAGUAGUUCUGAGUGCCUGCCUUUCUGUUAUGCGAAAAUAUUUAAACAUUAAGUUUUUUGUGUGAAAUUAUAUAUAUCAUUGAUGACAUGUAUUUUGUAAACGUCAUGUAUGAUUAUUUGCAGUAAGGAAGAAGAGUUCUGUCUGUAU